CAGCAGCCAGCAUGCAGCAGCCGCCGCCACAGCCAGCGCCGCGCGCCGCCGCCGGCCCCGACGCAGACGCAGACGUGGACCCCGGAGCCGGGCCCGGCCCGGCGGCCGAACCGCCGCUGCCCGACGACGACGACGGCUGCAGCCCCGAGGAGCGGGCCAUCUUCGCCGAGAACGUGCAGCGCCUCGCGCUCAGUCUGCAGGGCGCCGUGGUGACGGCUCUGCAGCAGGCGGCGGCCGCGCCUAACCAAGCGGCUGCGGCGGCGCUCAACCUGCACGCCAUCGAGUCCUACCUGGCGCUGCAGAGCCUCACGCAGAUCGUCGCCUCCAACACGAAGCAGGUGGGCGCGCUGCCGCCGCUGCUACCUCCGCCGCUGCCGCCGCCGGCGCACGUCCCCGAGGACAGCCCGGCGACCGCGGCCGCCGAGGCGCCCGAGCUACCUCCUGCCGUCGCCGCCGCCGCCGCCGCCGCCGCCACGACCGCCUCCGCCCCCGCGGUCUCUGCUGGCUCGGCGCCACAGCCACCCCCGCCGCCCCCUCCGGCGGCCUCCGUCUCGGCGCCGUCGCCUUCGCUGGCAUCUGGCACCUCCCAUAGCCACCACGCUCACCAGCACCAACACCACCGGCCCAAGAAGCAGUUCAUCUGCAAGUUUUGCUCGCGGCACUUCACCAAGUCGUACAACCUGCUCAUCCACGAGCGCACGCACACCGACGAGCGGCCCUAUUCGUGUGACAUCUGCGGCAAGGCGUUCCGGAGACAGGACCACCUCAGGGACCACAGGUACAUCCACAGCAAGGAGAAGCCGUUCAAGUGUGGGGAGUGUGGCAAGGGCUUCUGCCAGUCUCGCACGCUGGCGGUGCACAAGAUCCUGCACAUGGAGGAGUCGCCGCACAAGUGCCCCGUGUGCGCGCGCAGCUUCAACCAGCGCUCCAACCUCAAGACGCACCUGCUGACGCACACGGACAUCAAGCCGUACAACUGCUCGGCCUGCGGCAAGGUGUUCCGCCGCAACUGCGACCUGCGCCGGCACAGCCUCACGCACAACCUGGGCGCCGCGGCGGCCACCAUCGCCCCCGCGCCGUCGUCGUCGUCGUCAUCGUCGCCGUCGGCAGCCUCCGUGGCCGGCAGCAGCGGCGCCAGCACCUCCUCCGCGCUGCCGCUGCCUCUGGCGCUGGCCGCGGCCGGCGGGUUCGUGCUCGAGGCCGCCGCCGCUACACAGUGAUGACGUCACGCGUCCUCGCACCGCUUCACACUACCCGCUGUUACCCCUGAGGGUCGCUGCUCAAUACUGAAGAAUAUGUAAUAAAUGUUCCUUUGUUUCGUUUGUUAGUUUGGUGAAGUGCAUCCUCUGCCACUACUAUUAAACUCUAAUUGUGUCUGACCGCUCCACACCACAGUGGGAACAAUUGCGCUCGCAGUGAACACAGCGUCAUUUCUCUGGCCAUAGCUACAAAAGCACUAUAACUCACUUCGUGUGCGUAUAAAAUAGUUUCAGACCAGUUAUCUGUCGGUAAACUGUAAGAUGUUCGAAGUCCAUAGACUAAUCACACGCCGAGGUCGUGGCGGAAGCCUCUUUCAAACAUCGUAGUGUAAGAAAUUUGCUAUCUUUACUAGUGCUCAUGCCAUCCUACCGCUAUUUUCGUGAUUUUGCAAAUUGCUUUUUAUUUAUUUUUAUGGCCAGAUGCCUGCUUUUCCUCAAUUAACCCUCUGCAGGGAAGAUGAAAACGGCAUCGUUCUGUGAUUCGUGUAAACUUUAAUUCUGCUUAUUAUAUAUGAAGUAUAGUGGUACAAGUCCAUUUUUGUUUAUUCUGAGAUACAGAGUCCUAAAGUUAAAAGAUCUCUGAGAAAUCUGCAGUUGAGAUACCGGAAAUAUUCAGGUAUAUAUACUGGUAUCUGGUAUCUCAAGUGCAGUUUUUUCAGCGAUCUUUUAACUUUAGAACUCUGUAUCACAGAAUCAACAAAAUGGACUUGUACCACUAUUGAAAUAAGCCCUUCAUUUGCUUUAACGUUUUGUGUACCCUGUUUUCUAAGGGAGAUGUUGAAGACUAUACCAGCAUUUGCCUAAACAACCCCAUAACCCACACUCACGCUGGCCGAUGGAACAGAACAUCUCUCAUCAAACGGCUGUGCGGAUUCGAUCCUGGUCUGAUUUAUGGCACUAUCUCGAAAGCCGAUGGGUUCAUAUAAAGCUAUACGAGCCGGUCGAUACAACGAAUUUUCCUAACUAACCAAGAGAAGCAGGGACAGCAGAGUAUAAUUCCUGGUCUGGAGAUUACGUCUAGGCUUCUCCGUACUAUCUCGUGGAGUAAUUUCAUAUGACACUGUUCACAAUGAACUGCCUAUCUGAUCGGGACGUUAACCUUGGCUGUACUGUCGUUGCUUACUUGAGACGAAACGUCUAAGUGCUCGUUUUCAUCUUCUGACUUCCGUUCUGUCCUCACUCUUCCACAUUACGGCCAUCACACUGCACUGUGUUUCAUGACAGAGAUACGACUAAAUACCUUACAGUUCGUAGUGGGUCAGAGGAAGGCAACCUUGAUGGCUGUUGAUAUCUCCACAUUGCCACCACCAUUCACAGUAUACGUGUGUGUGUGUGUGUGUGUGUGUGUGUGUGUGUGUGUGUGUGUGUGUGUGUGUGUGCAUCCGUGCGAGUUUACAACUCACAUCGUUCCUCGCUUCCCACUUUCGAUUGCUUCUUCUCCAUCCGGUCUCGAUAUCGCAGAUAUCUAUUUUGCAUUGCUUCAUAUGCAUCGUCUGUCCCGAUAGCUGAGUGGUCAGCGCGGCGGUCUGUCAUGGCAAGGGGCCCGGGUUCGAUUCCCGGCUGGGUCGGAGGUUUUCUCCGGGGAGGGACUGGGUGUUGUGUUUUCCUAAUUAUCAUUUCAUCAUCAGUAGAAGGCACCGUGAAACCACCAUUGGAAUCAGUUACUUACACGCUCAUGCGAUGGACCUCUCUGACGAGGCUCUCCCCAUGACAUGACCUGCCGAAAGACAGAACACAGAAUUUAAAGUCAUAUGCAUCUUGACUGAGUAAUCGCUAAAUCUGAAGCGUAAAGAUUAGUGUAGGACCCUCACUGCAAUGACAUUUUGGCUGUAUUCUCUCAGCCGUCUUCUGAGUGAGUCGAAUACUGUAGAAUGGAGUAAUCAUUCAAUUAUUGUAGGCAGCUAGCAAGCGCGAACAACUACAGAUACUAAUUCAGCGCCAAGGAAAACGUCAUAUUACAGUCAACAACAAUACGGGGUCAGUUAUUAUGUCAAACGCCCAGAAGCUUUUGUGUCUCAGUGGCACAGCAUUCACAAUAUAAUGCUGCACCUUUAACAUUUUUGGAAUUCGUUUUUGUCUAUGUGAGUUUUAAUUCCGAUUGCUGCAUGUGCUUAAUAGCUGACUGAAUAGCAAAUGCCAACGUCGACGCUGCCGCGAUAACUCUAAUUACUGUGGCUUGACGGUAAACUAUCGAAAUAUCAGUAGAAGAAGUUAACUACAUCCUGCGGCGUAUCUGAAACCUUAGGGAUUAUCAGUUUUCUGUCAGCUAUAAUGAAGUAGUUUUUAACGCCUCUGCUCAGUUUCUUUGCCAAACUUUUCUUAACACACUCAGCAUCUCAAUAGAGAAACAGUCCAAGCUAGAAAUAAAAUCAACCCGUGUAAAAUGUAUUAUAAUCUUUUCAUUUCGUCAAGUACAACAGAAACUAAAGUGUAACGUUCAUACAUAUUGAUUUUACAGCUUUGGUUGUUGCGAUAGCAUAAAACUAAUAAUAUAGAACAUAUUACUUUGUUGAAAUUCGAUCUCUUUUGCCAUGCUAAGUCUGGAGUGACAUAGGAAAUAAUAAGCAUGUUUCUCAACAUGUUGGAAACAAAAAGUCAUCUCCAAAUAACUUCAGUUACUCCGUUCAUUUGCACGAUGUUCUGUCUAAUCACAGUCCGUCUUCCGUUCUCAUAAACAUGAUUUAAUGUCGUUAUCGGUUCACAGUUUUAGUAUUUAGCCUCGAUACUAGAUUUGUAGGUAAAAAUAUUUGAAGCUUUUUUUUCCUUUUUUAUGUCGACAACUACCAGUUGAUUCGUCGUUCUUCUUGGAGUUUUCCAUUAAUGCUAGCUUACAGUGAGUUUAUACGAGUGCAGUCGAUACGCAGGUUAUCGUUUCACAGUGUUAAAACAUUAGGAAUCACGUGAUGCAAUAGAAAACGCUUUUUUUACUUCGAGCUUAAUAUUAUUAGUACAUUAUCUUACUUGGGGAGACAGAACAAAUAUUUAUUACCUUGCAGUGGCAGAGUCAGAUACUUCUGCACCUCCUCUCCCGAUCUCCUUGACAGAUAAGAUAUUUGUCCUGUCAGAAUACAUUAAAUGGUCGUUCUCAACAACUGCACCCCUGUAAUCGCACUGGCUUGACUGCUCUGAUUCACCUCUACACUUAAGUCUAUCAUGUGCAAGUCUCUUUAUCUCUGCAUAACCAGUGCAACCUAUUUCAAGUCCUGAUCUCUGUCUGCAGUUUUUGCCCCCAUACUACUUGUCAUUACCCUAUUAACUAUUCCCUGAGUGCAUUCUCUAUUCGACAUUAUCUUCAUCAUCUUUUCGUUGCCUCGACAGCUCCAUUUAAUCGAAGAAAUUGUAUUAACCGUUAACGGUGCAACAGCUUUAUUUUGGCUUUCAGCUAUGACCAGAGAGCGUAUCGCUGUGAUCGGCUGCCAAAAGCAGCUACGUAUUAUUAACUCUUUCCGACAUUUAGGCUCCCAGCCUACGGUAGUGAGCCGGUAUUUAGCCACAGGUUAGAAAAACUCACCACACGAUCCCCCAGACGAGCCUCUGCGUGCAUCGAUACCGCGUCUCAGCGUGACACGAGGCAACCGCAGGUCACACGACGCCGAUGGAUGGCUCUGAGGGCGACCACAGGCAGCGUGCGGCGGUGGGUGGGUGCGGUCGUGCGUGCGUGCGUGCGUGGGGCCAGGCAGCGCCAUACGGUUGUGUGUCCUCUACAAGGAUCUUGUACAUACAAGACUGAGUGUGACUGCACUGAACACUUGGGACAAGGACUUGCCAGUCGCCAGGGUGGGUGAAUCUGCAGUGUGUGUGUUGCCUACUUAGUCUUUACGAUUAGUCUUAAGGUUGUGAGAGAUAUCUUGGUCUCGUUUAUUGUCCUCUAUUUUCACGUUUAAAAUAAAAUUUUCUUACAUUUA